CCGCAUUGUCCAAACGGCUGCGGCUGUUACAGUGAUCACUAUUCCUGUUGCGUCGAGCAGCGAGCAGCAAAUGCUAGACUAUUCGCUUUGCUGCUCGCCCAUGACCGUAUAGGUCGGUCACAACCGCUGCUGUAUUCCACUUCUACUUCCUCGCUUGGUAGCUAGUCAAUCUCACAGCGAACGCUUCAGCCAUGGCGGAAAAUGCCAACGCCCAAGCUCUGUCUGCUUCGACGAGCUCUUUCGUCACGUCUCUCGCAGUCAACUCAGCCAUCGCAGGUGGAGAAAUCGUAGCGUUUAUCCUCCUCCGACGAUGGAUCAAAGCGAUCUACGAACCGAGGACAUACGUGCCGCCCAAAGCGGAACAAGCUCAAGUCCUUUCCUCCAACCUGUUGUGGCCUGUAUGGAAGAUCAUAUUUGCCGACCCUGAGGAGAUACUCAACAAGAAUGGUGUCGAUCCCUAUGUCUUUGUUCGAUUCCUCAUCAUGAUGUGCAAGGCCAUGGUGCCUAUCUGGCUUUUGAGCUGGGUGGUUCUCAUGCCAAUUGAUAGCGUUAAUACGGGAUCAGGAAAGACAGGCGUGGACAGGUUCACCUUUGGAAACAUCUCGAACAAGGAUCAGAACCGAUUAUGGGCACAUUUGAUCCUCGAUAUCGUGUUCAUUGGCUGGAUCAUCUAUCUUAUCGUCGGAGAGAUGCAUCAUUGGCUAGUCGUAAGACAGAAAUACCUCAUCAGCCCCGCGCAUUCGAGACUGCCCCAAGCUAGCACAAUCCUGGUCACGGGCAUCCCAAACAGCUAUAUGGACGAGCAGAAACUACAAGACUUGUAUUCACCCCUUCCUGGAGGAGUCAAAUCGAUCUGGCUCAAUCGAAACCUCAAGGACAUGCCGGAUCUCUGGGAUAGACGGACAAAGGCUGCUCAGAAACUCGAAUCCGCAGAAGUCAGCCUCAUCAAAGCUGCUCGAAAGCGUCGAGCUCAGAACCAAGCAAAGAUCGUAAAGCUUCAGGCAAAGGGUAAACCUAUCCCUGAUUCUCUCACGGGUCCAGCGAAUCCCGAUCUUAUCGACAAGGUAGAACAGCUUUCCUUGGCCGAUCAGCUGGUCCCUCGAUCUCAGCGACCCACGAUGCGCCUCAAGCCAAAAUGGGCGCCAUUCGGUCUGGGCUUUUUGGGGAUAGGCGAAAAGGUCGACACGAUCGAAUGGGCUCGAAAGGAGAUCCUCGAGGUCGAACCGGCUCUUCAGAAGUGUCGCGAAAAGCUCCAAGACGAUAUCCGCAAAGAGGGUUCUGAAGGAGACUUUUUCCCACCUCGCAGUAGUGCUUUCAUCCGUUUCAACCAGCAAAUCGCUGCCCACAUGGCUACUGAAGCUCUCUCCCAUAAUAUGCCCUACGCAAUGGCAAAUCGCUACAUUGAACAAGCCCCUGAAAACGUAAUUUGGCGAUCGCUCGGGCUCGACCCUUAUGAGGCAAAAGUCCGCCAAGCUAUUUCAUAUGCUUUGACCGGAGGCUUGAUCAUCGGAUGGUCAUUCCCAGUCGCCUUCAUCGGUAUCUUGUCCAGCGUUUCCACUCUUACCAAGACUUUCCACUGGCUCGCAUGGAUCCAAGGCAAAUCUUUUGGCAAACGCUUGCUCCAAGGUGUCAUCAGUGGUAUCAUACCGCCAGUACUGCUCGCCCUUCUCAUGCUGCUCCUACCGGCCAUCUUGCGUCAGUUGGCCGCUUUUGAGGGCAAGCCGAGCAAGACCGAGGUGGAACUAGAUGUGAUGAACCGGUACUUUGUGUUCCUCGUCAUCAACACCUUUUUCAUCGUCACUUUGGCAUCCGGACUCGUUGCUUCCGUCUUGCCCAUUCUCAACAAUCCGGGAUCCGUCGCCAACAUCUUGGCCAAACAGCUGCCGACAGCCUCGACGUUCUUCCUCACCUUGAUCUUGACACAGCUCACAGGAUUGGCCGGAACUUUAUUACAAGUCGUUUCUUUGGCAUUCUACUACAUCAAGGUCAUUCUGCUCGGAGGAUCACCACGAUCAGUCUUCAGCACCAGAUACACUCUUCAAACUCCAUCUUGGGGAACCGAUUUCCCGGGAGUCACAGUUUACGCCGUCAUCAUGCUGGCGUACUGUGUCAUCAGUCCCAUCGUCAACGGCUUCGCUGCCGCCUAUUUUGCGGUCGCUGCCGUCGUCUACAAGUACUUGUACAUCUGGGUCGUAGAUCAACCCGAAUCAAGCGAUACUGGGGGCUUAUUCUUCCCAAAAGCUAUCAAUCACGUCUUCGUCGGCAUCUACAUUCAAGAAGUCUGCCUCUGCGCUCUCUUCUUCCUCUCACGAAACGAGAAGGGGAACGUGGCCGCCUUGCCUCAAGCCAUCAUCAUGAUCGUUGUGAUUGUUGCUACCGCGGGCAUACAUUACGUCCUGAUGGCAUCAUACAAACCGCUCCGUCAUUCACUGCCGCUGAGUCUCGCACACUUGUCUUAUGGUAUGCCUCGGACGCAGCGUGACCGUGGGGAGAGUAUGAUUGGAGAGGAAUCGGACGACGAGGCCCACAGGAUCGCCGUGGAGAAAGCCUUGCAACGACCUGCAGAAGAUGCCAGAGUGAUUCAGAAGAUUGUCCCUCGACGACAAGGGGCUCUAGAGAAGUUUCGAGACGACUUGGAGAAGAAGGCUCCGAGGGGCUAUGUCACUUCUUCCCCGGAAGCCAUGUCCCCGGUAAAUGGCACCUCUAAUAACAGACCACCGUCGUCCUCACAAGGUACCUUGUCUCCGACGAUGCAGCGUACUCCUGGGUAUCCCACAUCUGCCGGACCUCCCGUCGGCUCCACACACGCCCUGCACGAGGGGUAUGAUGGCCUUGACGGCGGGGCCAUCGAAAUGGGCAAUGUAGGUCAAACGCCAGACCCCGAACUUGAGGAAGAUCAGCCGGCUGGAUACCUCGUGCAACCUGGUGGACCUGGCAUUAGAAAUGGUCAAGAGACUGAUCCGAAUGAUCCGUAUGCCUUUUUCCAUCCCGCAACAAAAGAGAAGAUGCGAGUAUUGUGGUUACCUAGGGACGAGCUGGGUUUGUGCAAGGCAGAGAUUGAGGCGUGUGAGAAGAUGGGCAUAAAAGCUACGAGUCGUCAUGCUAUUCUCACGUCCAAGGGCAAUGUUCGUAUAUUUGGUCCUCCUCCUGAUAACUUCUGAGACCAUCCAUCCACUAUGGUGUUGUUGCAUGUAUACCAUUUAUCCGAUAAAAUCCCACUUUACCGUUCCCGGGCCGUUGACGGAUAUCGGGCCGGCUGAGAGAAAGUCGGUUGGCUGGGGGGAAUGAAUAUAUGGUGCUUGUUAUGUAUACUGCU